AUGUGGUCUUUAGCUGUGGUUUCCUCCUUCCUCCUUCUUUCCUUUGCGAAGUGUCUGCCGCUGGAAGAUCCUUUGUUGGCAUGUCUUGCAGGGCACAGCGGUCUGGAGAAACCCCCGAGUCCGGUCCCAGAUGGCAGCGGCCGGCUGAAAUACGUCCUCACCGUGCGUGAUCACGACUCGGGUCCGAUACAAGCAGACGGGCGGUACGACGUGUCGGUGUCAGGGCAGUACGGCUCCCAGUUCCACCGGGUCGUGGUGGUGGCCAGCUGCGGGCGACUGCGACCCCUCCCGGGUGACACAGCGCUGCGUGCCGGGACAUGUCUCGAGCUCUCCACGGUGGCCAACACAGACAGCCGCACCAAGAGCACGGCGUCCUUUACCUGGGUAGCACCGGGCGAGCGUCUUCUGGACGGAGAGUGCGUGACGAUCAGGUUGCUACUGAACAUUUUGGUCAGAAAUCGGCGAGAGUCACCCUCAUCGCGGACGGAUCUGACAACAACAACCGAGGACGACCGCUCGCUGAAGUGGCGACUGAUAUCAAAGGGGUGUUGCCGGUCUGGCAGUCGUUUCGGAGCCAAACCCCACGAUCUAAAUUGCGACGAGGCGUCCAGAAAGUUUGUAUCCAGCAACAUCGCCGAACUGAUGCACCUCCGAGCAGUCUGUGUGGAGGAAUUUGCCUUCUGUUGCAAAGAAAAACGGAGAGACAUGGGCUAUUCCGUUGAAAGUAGCAGCCACGCAGGAUCAGAAGUUGAACCCACAGAACCUCUAUACGACAGCACUGGACAGCAAUCUGAAACGACGAUAUCUGAUUCGCCAACGGGAGACAGCUCAUCCACAGCUGCUAUGAAAGACAUAACAAUCCAGCAAGCUUGCUGUCUCAACGGACUUAGAACUGCCUAUGACCCUGACAAGAGCUGUCUAGAUGAAGGGGAGAGUUACAUCAACCAAACGGCUGCAGAUGACCUGGAAUCUACCAACGAGGCAACGGGGUGCAAGCUUGAGUUCUCUCGAUGUUGCGAGGCGCUGCGAGAACAUGUUGGAGGCAGUAGUCCCCCGCCACAAGAAGUGGACUUGGCCAGUCUCGAAGACCUGCAGCUGACGCAGCAUUGCUGUAGACAAGGCUGGGUCCAGGGACUGUCUCCCGAAACAGACUGCGCGCAGAACGCCAUGGAGUACGCCCGGCUACCGCUAGGAAAUUCCACCGACAGACAACUGCAAUGUUCCAGCAAGUAUACGGAGUGUUGCUCUACGAGACAGGCUCAAAAUCUAGACCUCGAUGCACUGUUCUAUCCAAGUAUCCAUCCAAAGAAAACCCUGAAGUCAGCUGCGGCGUUCCCAAACCAGACAACCGAUGGUGUUCAAAGUCUAAGCAAUGACAUUGAAUCCAUCAUAGAGAGAAUUUUACUGCAAACCCACGUAACAAACGUUUCACAAUCAACUACAACAUAUCUUACGCUGGGAGAGCAAGAAACCAGUCAGUCAGAAACAAGCUCAGCAGCGCUAAGGAACUUUGAAAUACACGACGAUAGGAUUCAAUCUGUCACUGAAAUACAAAACACCGGGCAACUGGCAGGUCCGACUACCGCCCCCUUGCGAUCCGUCACUGAAGCGCAGAUGUCACCGUCAAUCCAGAGUGCACCAACACACCGAGCACAAAGCAAACUUAGCUGGGACGAUAUAGGCAUGGACACGUUAGUAGUACUGUCAAAACACAGGCGUACAUUACGACUGUGUUGCCUGAAGGGAAAAGCAGUAGUAGAGACCGCCCAUCCAAAGUCCUGUCAACUGGAGGCAGACGGCUACACCCAGGGAGCCCGGUUAACCGACCAAGUGAGGCAGAGUUGUAAGGACGUGUUUGUGCACUGCUGCGAAAGCAUGGACCCCGGGCACAGAGGACCAACACGGUCGUAUGGAAGGAACAUUAGACGGUUAUUGGGGGACAGUGGGGAAUACGUACACGGAAAUAGAGAAAUGUACUACAGCUGAUCACAGAGAAAUUUGGUACAUGAUACGG